AUCAUACGGCCCGAGAGUUUUCUGGACAUCUAUGAACCAAAAUUUUCUAGAGAUUUCUUGCCUGCCAAGAAGGAUCAAAAUCAUGCAAUUUCCCAAACAUCAAAAUGUUAACAAAAAUGGAGUUUUUCGAAACGAUGCCGUCUUCUAAAACAAUUUUAACGGCGGCGACUUCUCUCACCGCUUCAGUAAUUCUUUUCCGAUCAAUAGCUAGCGACCUUGUACCGGAACAACUCCAGCUCUUUUUUUCUUCACGAUUUCAAAAAUUAUCGAACCGCCUUUCCUCGCAGCUGAUUGUAGUCAUUGAAGAAUCUGAAGGUCUCACUUUGAACCAAAUGUUCGACGCUGUCAAUGUUUAUUUGGGUACGAAGGUUAAUGCUUGGACUCAAAGGAUCAAAGUUAACAAGCCUGAUGAAGACGAAGAGCUCGCUGUCACUGUUGAUAGGCACCAAGAAGUAACCGAUUAUUAUGAAAAUGUCAAAUUCACCUGGAUCAUGAAGUCUAGGGGAAUCAAACAGAGUGAAAAGAGUACCAACCCGAAGACAGAGCUUCGAUAUUUUGAGCUAAGUUUUCACAAGAAGCAAAAGGAGAUGGCCUUAAAAUCUUACUUACCGUAUAUUUUGAAGAGAGCCAAAGAGAUUAAGGAGGAGAAAAGGGUAGUAAGGCUACACACGGUGGAUUAUAAUGGGACUGAUUAUUGGAGUUCUGUCGUGUUAAACCAUCCUGCAACAUUUGAUACAAUGGCUAUGGAACCAGAAAUGAAGAAGGAGCUGAUUGAAGAUCUUGACAUGUUUGUAAGUAGGAAAGAUUACUAUAGGAAAGUUGGAAAAGCUUGGAAACGGGGGUACUUGUUAUAUGGACCGCCUGGUACAGGAAAAUCGAGCUUAGUUGCAGCUAUGGCUAAUUACCUUAAGUUUGAUGUUUAUGACUUGGACUUAAGAGAGGUGCAAUGCAAUUCGGAUUUGAGAAGGUUGUUGAUCGGUUCAUCAAACCGCUCUAUACUUGUGAUAGAAGACAUUGAUUGCAAUGUGGGGUUGCAGAAUAGGGAAAAUGACAAUGACACAACUGAAGAUGACAAGAUUACACUUUCUGGGCUGUUGAACUUUAUUGAUGGCUUGUGGUCGAGUUGUGGAGAUGAGCGAAUCAUAGUGUUCACAACGAAUCACAAGGACAGACUUGAUCCAGCAUUGUUGAGACCUGGACGUAUGGAUGUGCACAUUGAGAUGUCACACUGCACUUUCAGUGGUUUCAGAGUACUAGCAUCUAAUUACCUAAAGACAGAGGAGCAUAGACUGUUUAAGAAAAUUGAAGAUCUGUUCCAGAGAGUUAAGGUAACACCAGCUGAAGUAGCAGGAGAGCUGAUGAAGAGCAACAACUCUGACGUUGCACUAGAAAACCUCGUCAAAUUCCUUCAAAACAAGGAACAUGAGGGUGUGACGAGAAGCUAAGCAACAUUGCUGACUAAAAAAGAUAAGUCGUUACCACUCCUGUAUAGAGUAAUUGAUAUUCUUUCAUAUGUUAAUGAACAAUAAUAUUAUUAGCUUUUUCUGAUGCUUUUGGAACAUAAUUACCUCGAUUCCAUUAAUUCUUUUCAUCAUUGGCCGAUCUAUAUUCAUAUGCUUGAUAUGAUGUUUCAAAAA